AUGUCGCUUUUCUUAGUUCCUGACAACUCGCCAUCGCAUGCGGCAAAGGCCGCAUUGAGCGAUGUAAAGCCGCCAGUUCCCCUUGGAUGGAAGCGGUCAUCGGCUUCGCGGAGGGCACCAGGAGCGCCUGUUGAUCCGGGACAAUGUUCGCGUGGUGUCCGAUUUCGGUUAAACCCGCUGUACAGGAACACUUUCGUGCAGCGUCAAACGUUCUCCAUCUCUUCAACUCUCAACUCCAAAGGACUCUCCCGCGUUUCUGACUCCCUUUCUCCAAGUAUUCCUUUCUCCAAGUAUUACUACAAAUUACCAACCCUUCGCACAGGUCCUUCAAGUUUCAAUCAUGAUCAGAGGCACUGCAAAAUUGGAGAGUCAAUAGUGAUCGUCAGAUAG